ACCGGCAACGACCUUCUGGCUUCCCAAACCAGCCUCACAUUUUCGCUGAAUUUGACUUCUUCCGUUCAUUUCAAACAACCAAUUCUAAAAAUAGACAAGCAAAAUGGUCGGCUCCAUCUGGCUCCUCUUGCAGCUCUUAUCGAUCUCAUUGCUUUCCACUACUACUGUAUCAGCAGCCACUACAGAACAAAUCACACGGUUGCGUCGGCGUCGUGCAAAUGUGAAAGAUUGCAUUGACCAACCCGCUGGCAAAUUCCACAAUAAGGAUGAUACCCCGCCGGCUCUCGUUAAACUCAACCAGCAACUGAUACAAAGGGCCGUGGUGGCUGCCAGAUUAUCCUACGUUGUCCAAGAAUUUAACAUCGCCUCCAAGGUGAACCAAUACCGAAACUCAUACGAACGAUUCGAUGCCUGGGAAGACUUGAAUGACGCCCACUUGGUGGUGAAACACGACAAUGUCUGCUAUGGAGUCUUUCGAGCGACCCGUCAGCGCAACCUUAUAGAUAUAUUACAGAAUAUCAAACCAACCAAUCAACGAGUACCAGGUACCAAAUGCACCGUGCUCAAGGGAUUCUGGAACGGAUACAAUACCAAAUACCUCUCACAGUUCCGAACCAAACUGCGCCAGUGCAUCAAAUCCUGCAACAACAACAAGAAAGAUUGCCCCUUGAUUUUAACCGGGCAUUCCCAGGGAGCUGCCAUUGCCACAGUGGCGACCAUGGAUCUACAAAAGUACAAACCCACCACGUUGGCAUUCGCACCACUGCAAUCCGUCACCAACUUGGUCCGAUGCAAAAAGAGCAUUCGUGCCAGCAAAAUUUACAACUUUAUCAAUGCGUCAGGAGGAAUCUACGACGAUGCGCCCUUUGGAUCCAGAUCCGGAAAGAUUAUGGGAAGGGUGUUUCUACUAGAUGAAGGCAAUGCUGUCGCGUAUUUGGGGAUGCACAACAACAAACCACGAGAACCCCUGGCUCGAAAAAUCCAUGCCGUCGAACUGUAUCGGACUCGCAUGACCCAACUGGCAGGAUCGUUCUUAUCGUCUCCCUGUAGUACCCGUAAGAAUUCCUUGAAAAUUGCCAAGUGGAGGGAUGGACACUGGUGUUCACGAAACGAUGAGUGCCAAUCCCGACACUGUUCCUCCCAACAACAACUUUGCACCAGCCAUCUCCUGGGCAACAAACAACAAGGCAACAACAAUGCAAUCAAACUUCUGAGAACCAGUGGAUCGCCCUGUGAAAGUGAUGCCGCGUGCGAGUCCGGAAGAUGCUUUCGAGAACGCUGUACUCUGGAAAACGGUAAGCUCGGAAUCGGGGCGAACUGUGUCAACAACCAAGAUUGCGACAGUGGCAGGUGCGACAACAGUGGAUACAGAUCCACGGAUGAUGAUCCAAAAAUCUGUUCACCACGGAGGGAUGUUGAUUCAUGGUGCCAUGAAAACGCGGACUGUCUCAGCGGAAAUUGUUCGGGAAGGCUGCCCUUUUCGAUAAAGAGGUGUCAUUCCUGAUUGAGGCGAUUGCACAUUCUAUCAAGCAAAAGGAGCACCUUGAGUUGCACAUAGAUACGUACUGCAUGCAAGCAGGUCUUCCUUCGCUUCCAGGAAUUGAGUUGUGGUAACUUUGGCAACUCCGCAGUAUUCACAUUAUUUGGGGAAAAUGGACCACCAAAACCUUCAUCGGAGGUUGGCUUUGACUCUAGAGACAAGACAGCCAGCAGGUUUUCUUGCAUCACCAGACUUGGUUGUCCCAUGCAAGGACAGUUGGCAGCCAGCCCCGUGCUAUUUCCUGCGAUUAAUUCCGAGCACAGACAGAGUUCUCAUGAAACACUAUGGGGACUGUAGAGGUCCAAGAGAAAACUGUGGGACACGGAAUACACGUUUGGUGCUCGAACGAUUAUUAAUACCAAUUUCUCCCAGAUGAGGGCAACGUAAUCCAUAGGGUAACAUGGACCAUUGUUACAUCGUCUAGCUAUUUAUCUGGAGUGUGAGCUUGCUCUGGCAGAAUUGAAGACAAAAGCAAGUCUUAUUGACGAAGGCAUAAGCUUUGGAAAUGGAGAUUCUAAUUGAGCUUGUCCAUGUUGUCCGGGAAGAAAAAGGGCACAGCAUCCCCCAACCUGCUGAUUUAGAGUUGGGAAGUUAUCCCCCAAAUCUGGCAGGGGGCCAUGGAUCACGGUUCCAAGAAGAAGAAGAAUGAUCGAUAGUAUCUGCACGAAACAACUUCCGAAUUCGAUACAUGUGGCAUUCAUCUGAGACUCAGUGGGAAGCUACAGUACUCUACAGUCUGCUAUCCUGUUGUAUCCCAGCUACCGGUAGCCAGGUCCCAUUGAAAAUUGCAAUGCUUUGUCGCUGUGGCGGUGUACCAGUACUAGCUAGUACGGUUUACUGUUACCGUGUACCGGUAUGUACAUACUGUACCGUGUACCUGGUACUGUACGACUGUACCUUACGGUAAGCAAGUGUCGAGUAACGGUACAAUGACUCUGACUCCCAGUGACAUUUUAUUAAAUACAGAACACGAGCAAGUGGCAUUUUGUUAAAUCCAGUUCACUCCGAAUCUUUAGCGUGCCUAGCAGUUUUACUGGAGUAGGAGUACUAUUAAUAGCAUAGUACGAUCUAACACCAUAGAACUUUUAUUAAGAACUUUAAAACUAGUUCCGUGUACGUACCGGUAUUCGGCACCACUAUAGAAAAUGAUGUGCA